AUGAAUCGGUUUAGCCACACAUGCUCUUAUCGUUCAAUUAUUAGAUUACACAAACAGUCAGCUGCAAAAGUAUCAUCAUCAUCGUGUUCACUAAAAGUAGCCCAACAACAACACAAUUUUGCAAUUAAAGUAGCAGAUAAUUUUGAUCUGAACAAAGACACAAUACAUGGAGAAAAAAACAUUCAUAUAAUGAAUCAGAUAAUUAUACAAACUGUGGAAAAUGAUGAAAUUGGCGUUAAUGUUACUGACUCUUUGAAUGAAUUAAGAGACACAGUUUCCGACAAGUUAGAACUGUGUGCGAUAACUGAGUUACCCGAAACUGGUCAACUGUGA